UUUACUACAACAAACAAAGUAGUCACCUACUUCUUUGUAUCUUUCUUGAAAAAAUUCAUAACCAAAAAGAGAAAAUCAAUGGAUUUUGAAUUUGAAUUUCAUAAGCAUAACCAUAACUACAAUUUGAAUUUCAACACCUCUUCCCUCCCAUUCAACAUAAAUGACUCGAACGAGAUGUUUCUCUAUGACCUUCUUCAGGCGCAAGCUGACACAGGCACCAGCACGAAUAGGGCCCCUAUGGCCGAGCCAAAACCCUCAUCAAAGGCAAAGAGUUAUAGAGGUGUUAGGCGUAGGCCAUGGGGAAAAUUCGCGGCAGAGAUUAGGGAUUCGACUAGGAAUGGUAUUAGGGUAUGGCUAGGGACAUUCGAUAGUGCUGAAGAAGCUGCUUUAGCGUAUGAUCAAGCCGCUUUUUUAAUGAGAGGUACAAGGGCAAUCUUGAAUUUUUCAGUUGAAAGAGUUGUUGAAUCACUUCAUGAAAUGAAAUGUCAUGUUGAAGAAGGUUGUUCACCUGUUGUGGCUCUUAAGAAGAGACACUCUUUGAGGAAGAGGAAAUUGAACAAGAAAAAUUGUAAUGUUAUAAAAGAUGAGACAAAUUAUGUUACAAAUGUAGUAGUGUUUGAAGACUUGGGUGUUGACUAUUUGGAACAACUCUUGAGUUCAAAUGAUCAUAGUAGCACAAGCAAUGACUAUCAAGAGCUGUGGUCAAAUGAAUAAGAUCUUUUCAUCGUAAUCAAAAAAUUCAAGUUCGAGUCGUGAGAAUAAAUAGUCUUAUGGGGCAUGAUGAAUGGAAUGAAUCUCUCAUUAGUGAAAGAUAUAUAGCAUGGGCAAUCUUACCUCCUUCGAACUAGCUUUAAGGAUUGAAUCAGAUCCGAAGUUCAUUUAACACCGCAUGAAUCCAAAUUGAUUAGAGUUCCAAAAUGAUUAAUGUAGAGAAUGAGAAACGAAAAAAAAAUAGUGCUACUAAUGCAACUUUUAGUGUUGUAAAGAUUAUUAGUGAUUUAGCAUGUUAUGGUCAAUAACUUAAAUAUGAUAUUGGUAUUGGAGGCA